AUGGCGGCUACCGUGGAAUCAGCCAUCCGCAGAUACGCCGCAGCCUCAGGUAUCACGUGGCCGGCAACCGCUGAUGAUAUCAAAGAUCGACGGCAGAGCAAAUUUUCGUUAGCAGUCGUCUUUUGCUGGAUAACGCAUGCCGGAUUUGUACCAACAGUAGAGAGGAAGUUCGCGUGCGAUGACCCGAGCAUUUCUCUACCUUUGAAGCCAAACACGGUUUCUCUGUCCCUGUUGCUGACCGUAUGCAUCUGUUUUCCACUGACGACGAUCGUCUGCAUCGAAUACUCGUUAUGUCGGCGUUCAAAGCUCAAGAACAAGCACGCGGUAUUCUUCGACGUUGUGUCACAGGUGGUACGGGAGUUCUUCUUUGGUCUAUUUUUGGUCAUCGCUGUGAUGCUAGCCGCCAAGGCCGCUGUCGGCAGACUGCGCCCUCAUUUCCUCAGUGUCUGUCGUCCGAACAUCAGCAGCGGUCAGUGUCGUAAUGGCCUCAUCCUGUCCCCGGCCAACUGCAACGCCGCCAGCGGCCAUGCCCUCAAGACUGCUCGUGAGAGCUUCCCUUCUGGUCACGCUGCCGUAUCUGUCUACGCGUUUAUGUUCCUCAUGUUCUACUGCAGAAGCAAGUGCAAGUUUCUUAUUUCUCACAAGUUCCUAGCCAUUACAUUAGUCGCGAUUGACAUCGCAUGGACAGCUACUUGCUGCAUCACACGUGUCACGGAUCACUGGCACCACACCACCGACGUAGUUGCCGGCUGCAUAAUCGGCGUCGCCAGUUUAUCUGCGAUGCUUCUUAGAAAAAAUCCUAUGAUUUUUGUGCAAAACAAUAAUUACGUCUUUUCAGAUAUCGCUUCAAUAGAUCACGCGGCCGAACUGAAAAAUCCGGUACCUGAAACUCCAGUUUUAUUUAUAAAGCCAUCGUCGGCAAUAAUCGAGGAACGCGAAAACAUCAAGAUUCCUGAGGGCUGCCAGAAUCUGCAGCAAGAAGUGGAGCUUGGCGUGGUCAUCGGCAAAAAAGCAACUAGACUCUCAAGCGAGCAGGCGCAUACAGUAAUUGGCGGUUACAUACUCGCUUUGGACAUGACCGCAAGGGAUUUUCAGACAGAAGCAAAACAGACAGGAAAUCCAUGGCUCCUUGCCAAAGGUUUCGAUACCAGUUGUCCGAUUUCCCGAUUGGUUUCCAAAAGUGAAAUGACUAGUCAUGACGAUGCCACAGUUCCACAUGAUCUUCAUCUGUGGUGCCGAAUCAAUGGAGAGCUGAAGCAGGAUGGUCGCACAAGCCAGAUGAUAUUUCCGAUCCCAACUCUAAUCGAGUACAUUACCAAGUAUAUCACUUUAGAGCCGGGUGACCUUCUGCUGACAGGAACGCCGGCAGGAGUGACCACUGUCCACGCAGGAGACGUAAUCGAAUGCGGCAUUACGAAUAUUGUUAAAAUGCAAUUCUCCGUUAGCGAUGGACGAAGUCAAAACAAAUGA